CAUGUACAUCAUCACAAAGUAUGUAAUUCUGUUUCGAAUUCAUUAGCCUCACAGCGAGUUAUUUAAACACCACCAUGUACAUCAUCACAAAGUAAUUCUAAUAACAGCUCAGAUGUAUUGAAUAUGUUUGAAUUCUUUACAGAAUCUUCAAGUAAGGAUGAAGAGAUGUUCUCUAAAGUGAAUUCUAAGGAUUCAUCAAGUACACUUGCUCUAAGCAAUUUAUCGAUUUUGUCAGACAAUGCUUCUGCAAGUGUAUUGAAAGCUGCAGCCUCUAAAAUUGUUCCCAAGAAACAAACACCACCACCAGAUAUUAAGAAGAGAAAACGUGGCUUAACUGAUAAAGAAAAUGCAUUAAUGCUACAAUCUUCCAAGAAUAUUUCUUCGCUGGCCAAUACAUUGGAGACUGUGCUAAAGAAUUCAUCAAAGCAGCUGGCUGUAUCUGAAGUGACUUCUGAAGUACAAACCAUGAUGCGGAAU